AGGGAAAGAGGGGAAGAGUAGAUUUAAAAAGUUGCAGAGGUCGGUCGUGGCGCCUCUCGAAAUCAUCUACGGCCACCAUCUCUCCGACGCCACCUCUUGCCGCCACCUCCGUUCAUCUUCUUUCUUCAUCGUAGUCUAAACUGCGGGAGAUGAAGAAGAAACAAAAACCCAUCAGUCAAUCGGAUCCUGAUUCCGAUCUGAAAUCUGUCAUUCAUCAGCAUUCCUUGUACUUUGACAAGUUAAUUGAGCUAAUCCCCGCCAGAUUUUAUCUCCCCAGUGACAAUACAGAUAAGCCAUGGUUUCAGGGCCUAAGCAAGGCUGCAAAAGCUUCAGCAAAGAAACAAUCAAAAGAAAAUAUUAAGAAAGCUCGAAGAGAUCGGUUAGAUCCAGAGAAAUCAUCUACGACACUAGAUUUGUUAAACCAAAGCUUACGAAAUGAGGAAUUGGACAGUGAGAGUGAUGGUGAAGCAGGUAUUAAACCAAUGAUUUCUGGUCUAGAAAAUGAUGAACGAUCAGUGACAUAUGAAGAACUACGGCAAAGACUUCAUCGCCGAAUUGAGGAGUUACAGUCAGGUCGAAAGAAAAAUAGUGGGGAUUUAGAUGAAGCAAAGAAGGCUGAGAAGAGAGAUGAGAGAAAGAAGAAAGAAACAGGAGGAAAUUUUCAGGAAAGGAAGCGCAAGAGAGACCCUGGAUCCGAAGAAGAUGAUCAACUUAAGAUCAGUGAUUCAGCUGCUAAAUUGACUGAGGAUGCAUCAGAGGCUUCAAAAGAACUCACAUUUGGUCAUGUGAAGAUUGGGAACAAAGAAGAGCUUGGAAAGAAGAAAAAGAGGAAGCUCUCAAAGUUGAAGGAGCUUGAGAAGGCAAAGAAAUUGGAGGAGGAGAAGAAAGACCCAGAGAAAGGCAAGAUUAUUUCGAAGAAGCAUUCAUGGCAAGCAGCAACAAGUAGAGCUGCAGGAAUCAAGGUCCACGAUGAUCCGAAAUUGUUGAAACAAAGCAUACAUAAGGGGAAGAAGAGGCACCAAAAGAAUGUUGAGAAGUGGAAAGAAAGAGUUGAAACUAGAGAUAAAAUGAGAGCACAGAAGCAGCAGACAAGAUCAGAAAAUAUAGGUGAGAGGAUUCACCAGAAGAAGAUGCGGCGGAUUGCAAAGAGGGAGAAAAAGCUCAUGCGACCAGGGUUUGAAGGUCGCAAAGAAGGUUUUAUUACCAAAGAUAAAGCUUAAGGUGCCUUCUUUGAAAUUUAGCCGUGUUUGUCCUUUUCUUUCAAUAGAUUGGCGGAAAGCAAAAUAUUAGAGGUCACCUGCUCUAGUUUUAGGAAUUAUGCUUUCAAAGAGCACCCCUACCUUUUCUUCUUUAAGUACUAUAUGGUUUUGAUUAUGGCUUGGAUGAUAUAUUACAAAGUCUGAAUCUUAACAUAGUCUUCUUUGUUGUAUGAUUUUUAUUGUUGCUGAUGAAACUAAUAUAUCUUGUUAUCUCAA